GUCAUAAAGUUUGAUGUCCUGCCCAAAGUUUAGACCCGACUGGAGCGAAACUUUUUUUUUUUUCUUGAAAGUGAGCCGCUGAGAUUUGUCCUGCGAACCCUGCUUGUUUCUCCUUCGUAGAGAAAUGCCCACGAACACCUUUCGUUAGGGGGAAACAACGCAGUGGGUCUCUCUGCGCGUUUGUUGUGCUUUUUCGUCUUUUGUGGCUGCGUCUGCGGGGCUUUUUUUUUUUUUGUGUGUCGUUUUUUUUGGGGAAAAAGCUGGGGCCGGGACGACAACACAUCAGAUUCCAGUGUGGAAUUGUAGAUAUGCGCUUUGUUACACUCUACACAACUAUGCCAGCAAGAAACCCCAGGGAAACGCUGUGUUUGACUGCAGACUUCGACAGCUAACACACCGCGGGAGAGAACCAGAGUCCUCGGCUGAGAAACUUUUAGAAUGACUUCGGAUCACUUUUGCUGAGAGCCGUCGAGAGUGAUCCACAUUUCCUCCCUGCGCUGAAGAAAAAAAAAAAAAACUGACGGGAAAAAAGUUUUGGGGAAUUGGCCCAAAACUUUAUUUUUGUGCGCCCCCCCGUGAAACGCGUCAGUUUCGGAUUUUUACGCACAGAAGUGAAAGUUCGCCGAGUGUUUUGGCACAAUGGAUCCCGGCCAGCACAACCCUCCUGCCGGACACCAGAUCGUCCAUGUACGCGGGGACUCCCAGACCGACCUGGAGACGCUCUUCAGCGCCGUGAUGAACCCGAAAGGCACCAUCAUACCCCAGUCCGUGCCCAUGCGGAUGAGGAAGCUGCCCGACUCCUUCUUCAAACCUCCAGAACCAAAGUCCCAUUCCAGACAAGCCAGUACUGACGCUGGGAGUGGUGUGGCCCUCACCCCCCACCAUGUCCGCGCACACUCGUCCCCGGCCUCCCUGCAGUUGGGAGCCGUUUCCGGCGGCUCCCUGUCCGGCAUGGCCUCAGCAGGUGCCUCCCCUCAACAUCUCCGUCAGUCCUCGUACGAGAUCCCUGACGACGUGCCCCUUCCCCACGGGUGGGAGAUGGCGAAGACCAGCUCCGGCCAGAGAUACUUCCUCAAUCACAUCGAUCAGACCACCACUUGGCAGGAUCCUCGCAAAGCGCUGCUCCAGAUGAACCAGGCCGCUCCGCCCAACUCCCUCCCGGUCCAGCAACAGAAUCUUAUGACCCCAGCUAGUGGUUCUCUCCCCGACGGCUGGGAACAAGCUAUUACGUCAGAGGGAGAAAUCUACUACAUCAACCACAAGAACAAGACCACAUCCUGGCUCGACCCACGACUCGACCAGCGCUACGCCCUGAACCAGAGGAUCUCCCAGAGUGCUCCAGGGAAGGCGGGCCAGCUGCCUCCCAGCAUCCACAGCGCAGUCAUGGGCAGCAACAAUCAGAUGCGGCUGCAGCAGAUCGAGAAGGAACGGCUGCGGCUGAAGCAACAGGAGCUGCUUCGGCAGAGACCACAGGAGCUCGCUCUGAGGAAUCAGCUGCCGACCAGUAUGGAGCAAGAUGGCAGCACGAACCCUGUGUCCUCCCCUAUGGCCCAGGACGCCCGCACCAUGACUGCCAACAGCUCCGACCCAUUCCUCAACAGCGGGACUUACCACUCCAGGGACGAGAGCACAGACAGCGGCUUGAGUAUGAGCAGCUACAGCGUCCCUCGCACUCCAGAUGACUUCCUCAACAGCGUGGAUGAGAUGGACACAGGGGACUCUCUUCCACCCUCCAUGGCGACGCAGCCCAGCCGCUUCCCCGACUACCUGGACGCCAUCCCGGGGACAGACGUGGACCUGGGCACCCUGGAGGGGGAGAGCAUGGCGGUGGAGAGCGAAGAGCUGAUGCCCAGUCUGCAGGAGGCGCUGAGCUCGGACAUCCUCAACGACAUGGAGUCCGUGCUGGCAGCUACCAAGAUCGACAAGGAGAGCUUCCUCACAUGGUUAUAGAAGGCCCGGGCGGGGGUGCGCCCUUCCUCCUCUCCCUACACUCUCGAACUGCUGCCUGCUCUGAUCUGUGAAGGAGUCAUAGAUGCUUUUACAAGACAUUUCAGCGAGGCCUCUCUGGACUUCUGUCUCGGGCGUUUUUAAAGGCCAGACCUCCCUUUUUAAAAAUUUUUGAGGCAGCGUCGUUCUGUUCUUCUCUCUUCACUGGUGUGUUGUCUCUUUUUAUUUUUGUCUGUGUCUUCAAGGCUGGCCCAUGAACAGACAAUUACGCAAGGGUCCCCGAAUCUUUCACAGCUCUGUCAGUGAAUCUAGGGCGUCUCCACCUAGAGCAGGGGUCGACCCCGUCCCCUGGCCGCCGCCGCCGCCGCCCCCCCACCACACCCCUCAGAGCGGAGCUGGGCACGUACUCCUCUGCAAAGACUGCUCCUCCGUUUAUCGCCUGGGGUUCUGCGGUGCCUCUUUUUUUUAUUUCUUGCAGCACUACUCUACUGUGUUUGGGACUAUUUGCAUCUAGCUUAAGUAGCUUUGUAUUUUGGCCUUGUAAGUUUCUUUUUCCUUUUUAUUUUUGUUUUGUAUUCAACGAGCCUGAGAAACCAAAAAUGAUGUAUUCGAAAAGCAUAAAGAACAAUACUGAUUUGGAGUAAAGGCAACGUGUGGCCCAGCUCGGACAUGAUGGCUUUUGCCCGCUGGGUGGGGGUGGGGGGGUGGGCUGAGGUUUGGAGCCUGGGGACCGACUACAUUGCUGCUUGGCUGUGCCAGCAAGUCUAAGUUAAACCUUUGAUAGAUCAAGUGCCUUCAGUUGUAUUUUUUUUUUUUUGAGACGCGAGCACCACGAACAAUUUUUACGAAGUUUUCUGUACCGCAAUAAGCAUUAGGCUGCGUUCACGAGCGCCAGCCACACUCUUCCUCUUUCUAAUGUUUCAAUAAUCAGAAUUGUAUUUUUUUUUUUUUUGUUUCAUAAACACAUGAGGGGAUUUAGGGAAAUAACUUUUUAUCUCAGUCUUAUCCAAGCCUAAUUCGUGAUUCAUUCUUUGUUUUAUCUAUUUUUUUUUUUUGUGUGUGUGUUCUUUUUAUUUUUAGGUUACUACAUAUGUAUGAUAGCGUAGAUCAAACGGCAUUUUGCUUUUGUUCUUCAUUUUCUUUCAUCGAUGAACUUCUACAUUUACCGGGGGGGUCGACUGUUAUCGCUGCUCCUCACUUCGCCCGAGAACAAGUCGUCUGCCAGGACACGGAAUCGAUUCAGUUGUGACUUUUUUUUAAAAAUUUUAUUUUAACAAUCUAGCCGAUUCAUUUCCUGUCUCUUUUUUUAUUUACUAUAUACAUAUUGGUGUGAUUUGUUUUUUUGUUGAUCACAUGCAGCUUUUUUACUAUCUUUUCCUAAACAUUAACCAAAAAAAGGCAGAUCUCAAACAGAAACUAUAGCUCUUCGAUCAAUUGUGACAACGUACAUUAUUAUACAACGUUUGAAACCGUCUUCCUGUGAGCACGGGGGGUGGGGGGGGGCGGCUGAACGCCUCAGUGCACGAUGCUGUGCCGUGUGUGGAAAUGAGGGGGUUUGUAAACUACAGCUUGGACAAGUUUGAGCAGGUUUAAGAGUCAAGUCGAAGGGGUGAUGCAGAAGGCCGAGGGUUUGACUGACUGGCAGUGAGUUAUGUGGAUUGUUAAAUUUUUUUUUUUUUUCGUGGAGUAAUUAAGAAAACAAUCAAGUUAUUAUCUCAGUCAGGAAUUGUGGUGGCAAAUUCCAAAGAUGUUUCUUUCUUUUUUUUUUUGUAACGCCGACACUUAUAUAUUUUGCUUCCAUUUUCACCGAGUCCAGAAACGGUUUGAUUUGUAAAUCAGCCUCUGUAUGAACAAACUGUAUAAGCUAAUGAGGAAAAAAGAUGUAGGUUUUUAAGUGUUAACGGGCACGUCUGAGUAGGUCUAGCUGAGAGAUUCUUUCUAUUUUUAUUUGUUUUGUUCUUUUUCUUUUAGACGGUUUUGUUUUGAGUGACUAACCCUGAGAUUUAAGGAUUUAAGGUUUCAGAACAAGAGAAGCAAGUGUUUUUUUUCAUCUUCUAUAAGCGCUCACAUGUUUACACGCUCUCCGAGGAAGACAGUGCGGAAGCCCUGGCGGAGACGACACACCGGCAACACUCUCAUAAUCAUGUUAUUUUGAUGUUUACACCAUGACUACACCUUCUAAUUACUGCAGUAACCUCUGAAUAAUCCGCCUGCCGUGCACGCCCUUGAUGAGGCCUUGCAGGAUGUCACAGUGAUUCUGUUUGCCAGCCGAUUACACAAUUGGUCGCAUUAACUUGAUGGAACAAUUCUUUUUUUUUUUUUUUUUUUUGUAGAUCUGAGAACAUUAACUUUUUUUUUUUUAUUCUGUUUUUUUUUUUUUUUGAUUUUAUUGAUCAUUAAAUCAUGUGUUGACGAUGGAUUAAGAUGGAUAAACAGUGUUGGUGAGAACAAUGCAACUAAAAAACGAGUGGUACACUGCAGUGCUUGUAUUGCACGGCUACAGAGUUUUCAUUUUUGAUGCAAUGAUGCAUUUUGUCACAAACCUGAUUUUAUGCUUACUUAGUGUGUACGUGUCGGAGCAUAUUAGCUGUUGACUGUCAGUGUAGCAGUAGAACUAAUCACACAAGUUAAAGGAUUUUGUAUUUAGAGUUCUUCUAAAUGCACAUGAAAUGAUUUAUAUUCAUUAAUGAUCUAUUCAUUUUUCGAUAGAUAUGUGCAUGUGUUUUAGAAACAAUAAAUUCUGUUACAUUAUAUCUCUCUCUCUUCAUAUGAUACUUUGAAAUUGACCUGAAAUAAACUAUAUACUUUGUGGUAAUA